AUGUGUCGCAUAGUCCCCCCGCCCGGCUGGGAUCCGCCGUUCGCGCUGGACCGCGCCAAGUUCCGCUUCCGCACCAAGGUGCAGGCGCUCCACCAGCUGCAGCGCCGCCCCGCGCCCGCCGACCCCGCCACCUUUGCGCUCGACUACCUCCGCUUCCUCGCGGAUCUCCGCCUUGCGCACCCGCCGGCGCUGCAGCGCGCUCUUGCGCGCGCGGGGAUGGGAGCGGGGAAAAAGGGGGUUUCUGCGGAGGACAGGGCGGUGGUGGCGGCGGAAGCCAUGCGCGCGGGCGCGGUGGACAUCUGCGCGCUGUUCCACGCCGUGCAGCGGCGGGGGGGGUUUGAGCGGGUGAGCGAGAGCAGGGCGUGGGGGGACGUGCUGCGGUCGGUGCUGCAGGGCGGGACGGGCGGGGCGGGCGGGGCGGAGGGGGAAGGGUCGGGGAAGCGGACGAGCAUGGACGCGGGGGGGCUGAAGGUGGUGUACCGGCGGUGGCGGUUGGACGAGCUGGAGGCGUGGAGAGAGGCGGGCGCGGGCAGGGCGCAGGGGGACGACGGGCGCAACGAGGCACACGGGGAGACUGGGCCUGCUGCUGAUGGGAAACGAAAACGACAGGAAAAGGAGGCGGAAGGAGAAAGAAGCAGCAAGGCGCAGAAGCGGAGUGAUGGUAGCGGCGGUGGGCUGAGUGCUGGCGAGGCUGGCGGCAGAUUCAGCAGCCGUUGGCGCGCAGCUAAGGCCGUGAGGUACGGGCAAGGCGAGUCAAGAGGGGAGGAGGAGGGGGAGGGGGAAGGCGAUGGGGGCGAGUUAGAGGGCGGUGAUGGCUCUGACUCGGACAGUGAGGACGCGGCAGCAGAUGCGGUGUGUGAGAGGUGCAAAGGAGGGGGGCAUGAGGAGCAGAUGCUGCUGUGCGACCGCUGCGACCGCGGCUGGCACCUCUUCUGCCUCUCUCCACCGCUCUCCACCGUGCCGCCUGGCACGUGGUUCUGCCAGGACUGUGUGGCCCGCCCGCACGAUACCUUUGGCUUCACGUCGGGCGGCAGCAUCUCCAUCGCCGCCCUGCAGCGCGCCGACCGCGCGCUGCGCGAGCGGCUCUUCGGCGCAAAACUGGGCGGCGCGAUGACGCCAGCGCAGCUGGAGGAAGCCUUUUGGCGCGUAGUGGACGGGGCGGCAGGCCCCGUGGAGACCCUCUAUGGCAGCGAUAUCGACACCGGCGCGUGCGGCAGCGGGUUUCCUAGGAGAGGCGAGGCGGUGCCGGUGCAUGCGGUGCAGAGCGGUGUGAGUGAGGCGCGGUGGCGGGAGUACGCGGAGGCGCGGUGGAAUGUGAACAAUAUCGCGAGGGAUGCGGCGUCGGUGCUGCGGUAUGUGGAGGACGCGAUUCCAGGGGUGAUCGUGCCAUGGCUGUACAUGGGCAUGACCAUGUCCGCCUUCUGCUGGCACUUCGAAGACCACUGCUUCUACUCCAUCAACUACCUCCACUGGGGCGAGCCGAAGCUGUGGUACGGAGUGCCGGGGCAUGCAGCAGAGGCCUUCGAGCAGGUCAUGCGGGCGGCCUUCCCGGACCUGUUUGAGGCGCAGCCGGACCUGCUCUUCCAGCUGGUAACCAUGUUACACCCCAUGGCGCUGCAGCGAGCGGCUGUGCCCAUCUUCCGCACCGUGCAGGCCGCCCGCGAGUUUGUCGUCACCUUCCCGCGCUCCUACCAUGCCGGCUUCAACCAAGGGGUGAACUGCGCAGAAGCGGUGAACUUUGCGCCGUGCGACUGGCUGCCGUGGGGCGGGCUCAGUGUGGAGCGCUACCGGCUGUUCCGCCGCAAGUCCAUCCUCUCUCAUGAGGAGAUGCUGUGUGUGCUGCUCAUGAACCAGCAGCGGGGGCUGCUGGCGGGGGAGAGGCAGGUGGCGGGGGUGGAGGUGCGGAGGGUGGUGGAGGGGGAGAGGCGGGCGAGGGAUGCAGUGUGGGCGCAGGGCACAGUGAGGAGCGCACGCAUGGCGCCCCAUGCGCGCCCCGAUGCCAUCACAGACGAGGAGGUACUGUUCAUGGCUCCUGGGAGGGAGUGCCUCAUCUGCCGCUACUACCUCUUCCUCUCCGCUGUCGUCUGCCCCUGCCGCCCGCGCGAUGCCGUGUGCCUGCAGGUGAGUGCUGCCGUGUGCCUGCAGGUGAGUGAUGCCGUGUGCCUGCAGGUGAGUGCUGCCGUGUGCCUGCAGGUGAGUGAUGCCGUGUGCCUGCAGGUGAGUGAUGCCGUGUGCCUGCAGGUGAGUGCUGCCGUGUGCCUGCAGGUGAGUGCUGCCGUGUGCCUGCAGGUGAGUGAUGCCGUGUGCCUGCAGGUGAGUGAUGCCGUGUGCCUGCAGGUGAGUGAUGCCGUGUGCCUGCAGGUGAGUGCUGCCGUGUGCCUGCAGGUGAGUGCUGCCGUGUGCCUGCAGGUGAGUGCUGCCGUGUGCCUGCAGGUGAGUGAUGCCGUGUGCCUGCAGGUGAGUGCUGCCGUGUGCCUGCAGGUGAGUGCUGCCGUUUGCCUGCAGGUGAGUGCUGCCGUGUGCCUGCAGGUGAGUGCUGCCGUGUGCCUGCAGGUGAGUGCUGCCGUGUGCCUGCAGGUGAGUGCUGCCGUGUGCCUGCAGGUGAGUGCUGCCGUGUGCCUGCAGGUGAGUGAUGCCGUGUGCCUGCAGGUGAGUGAUGCCGUGUGCCUGCAGGUGAGUGAUGCCGUGUGCCUGCAGGUGAGUGAUGCCGUGUGCCUGCAGGUGAGUGAUGCCGUGUGCCUGCAGGUGAGUGAUGCCGUGUGCCUGCAGGUGAGUGAUGCCGUGUGCCUGCAGGUGAGUGAUGCCGUGUGCCUGCAGGUGAGUGCUGCUGCUGUGUUACCUGUGCUGCCUCCUAUGCAAUCAUCGUCCUUCAUUUUCCACUGUGCAAAUGCCCUUCACUUCUCACUUGCCUCAACCCCUCCUUCUCCUCAUCCCCCCUUUCGGCUUUCCCACUCUCCCCCUCUCCCCAUGCCCCCUAUCCCCCUGUCCCCCUCACCCCUCCUCCCCUACCGCAUGGCAGCACGCGUUGGUGCUGACCUUGCUGCCGCCAUGCCAUGCCGUAACACCCGGGCAUCUGCUGCCGUGCACCAAUCAGCACAGCCUUCUUCUGGUGAAGCGGGCAUGCGUGAGGGGCAGGUGGAGGGGGGCGUGGAGGGGGGUGUCAAGAGGCGCGUUGGUGUGAUUGUGAAGCAAGAAGAGGUGGAGGGUGGCAGCGUUAGUGAUGGUGUGGUGGAGGCAGCACGCAAGGGGGGCGUGGGGGAAUUGGUGUGCAAGGAACCGGGAGGAGAAGCAGAAGGGAGGGACGGAAAAGGAGUGGAGGGAGGCGGAGAGGGAGAAGGGGAAACAGGGCAGUGCGAGGGAGAGAGCAGUGGUGUGCGACGAAGCAGCCGCCUAGCCACCGCUGCUGCUGCUGCUGCCGCCGCUGCUGCUGCUGCAGAAGCGGCAGCAGCAGGUGCAGAAGAAGGUGGGGAGAGUGUGAAGGAGGAGCAGAGCAGCUAUGCUGCUGGCAUGCAGAGAGUGGGAGGGGGCGAGAAGAGGCAGGCAGGUAGAGGAACAGCAGAGGGGUUCAGGGGUGCAGAGGCAGAGAUGGCGGAGUGGAUGCGGGGCAGGGCUGUAGGGGGGAGCAGGGGUGGGGGGCACGGGGGGCAGAUGGUGCAGGCAGAGGAGUUUCUGGAGAGGUGUCGGGCGGGCAGUGGCGGAGGGUGGGUGGCGCAGCAGCGGCGGGUGCGGGGGCGCAUGAUGACACACAGCGAGUGGGCGGCGCAGUGGGCGUCGCGUGGCAAGGUGGCUCUGCGCUCGCCGCCCACGGUGGAGGCAGCAGCUGCGCUGGUGCAGCAGGCACAGGAGUUCCUGUGGGCGGGCCACGAGGUGGAUGCGGUCGCCACCUCAACUUCCAAUCCCCCUUCCUCCUCCCGCCCCCGUUCUUGCCCCCUCCCUCAGGCACGGCGAGUGCACGACAAGGCGCUGGCAGCGCUCGCAUGGGCGCAUGAGGUGGCUGCCUGCUGCGGUCACUCGCUGCCCGCUGCUGCUGCCGCGCCACCUCUCGUUGCCUGCUCCUCCAACCACCCGCUGCUGUCGCUGCUGCCCUCCUCUUCACCUGCUGCUGCCGGCCCAAGCCAGCCAGCACGAGGGGCGGGCAGCAGCGGUGGGGGCGGGAGGAGGAGGGGGCUGUGCGAGGUGCAGAGGCUGCUGGAGGCCGCUGCCUCUGAUGUGCCCUGCAUUGAGCCGCACUAUAAGACGCUCAAGGUGCUGUAUCGUGACGCUCUCGCACUGGACCAGCGCAUUCGCCUCGCCCUGCACGCCAAGCCGCCACUCGAGGCGAAGGAGCUACAGGCACUGCAAGCAGAGGCGGCAGCGGGCACGGUGGACAUCCCUGCUGCCGCCAACCUCAAAGACGCUCUCCUCGCCGCUCAGGUAUACUCGUGCCAAUGGGUGGUACUUACACUAGAGAUUUAA